GAGAGGUAGAGAGUGAACGACAGAGGGAGGAAGAGAGAGGGGACACAUAGCAAGGAAGCUAGCGCCAACAAUUUGAGCCUGUUUACCAGCAACUAACGCUGUUUUGCGGCAUUGACGCUACAGUUAGAGGAGAAGUGAGGCGUCCUCUGUAACGAUGUGACUCUAAUGUCACCUCGUCGACUGUAAAAUGUGUGGAAAGAAAUGUCUUUAGCUAGUCGGGCUAACGUGAAGACAAAAAGGGCAUCUCUCGGUGUUUGGCCGAGCUACCCAGCUGUAAUCUCCGGAUGAGAGUCACCGUUUAGCUGAUCACCUCGGCAGAACCUCCCGCUGUUGAAUCUGUAACAGCAAAGCGGUCAUUCGUCCAGUUUUUGGGACGAUAUUUGGUCUUGAUAAUCGUUGAACCAGGCGAGGGGAAGCCGCCGAAACCGCCAAGAUGAAAUUUACAGAGCAUCUCUCCGCGCACAUCACCCCGGAGUGGAGAAAACAGUACAUUCAAUAUGAGGCAUUCAAAGAGAUGCUGUAUUCUGCUCAGGACCAGGCCCCAUCUAUCGAAGUCACAGACGAGGACACAGUCAAGAGGUACUAUGCCAAGUUCGAGGAGAAGUUCUUCCAGACGUGUGAAAAGGAGCUGGCCAAGAUCAACACUUUCUACUCUGAAAAGCUGGCUGAGGCUCAGCGGCGCUUCGCCACGCUGCAGAACGAGCUGCAGUCCUCACUGGACGCCCAGAGGGAGAGCUUGGCCAACGCACAGGGCCUAAGGAGGAGGAAAACGGUUUUUGCCCUGUCCCAGCAGGAGAGGUGCAAACACAGAAACAUCAAGGACCUGCAGCUGGCCUUCUCUGAGUUCUACCUCAGCCUCAUACUGCUGCAGAACUAUCAGAACCUGAACUUCACAGGAUUCAGGAAGAUCCUGAAGAAGCAUGAUAAGAUUUUGGACACGUCGCGCGGGGCAGACUGGAGGGUGGCCCACGUCGAAGUGGCUCCAUUUUACACCUGCAAGAAGAUCACACAGCUCAUCUCGGAGACUGAGGCGCUGGUGACAGCAGAGCUGGAGGGCGGUGACAGGCAGAAGGCCAUGAAGAGGCUCAGGGUGCCCCCCCUGGGUGCUGCACAGCCUGCUCCUGCCUGGACCACCUUUAGAGUUGGCCUUUACUGUGGAGUGUUCCUCGUCUUAAUAGUCACUGUGAUCAUCACAGGAGCUGUGGUGAUUCGUAGCGCUGACGUUUGGCCGAUGGUCAGGAUCUAUAGAGGAGGGUUCCUGUUGAUAGAGUUCCUCUUCCUGUUAGGUAUCAACACGUAUGGAUGGAGGCAGGCAGGAGUUAACCACGUCCUCAUUUUUGAACUCAACCCCAGAAACAACCUGUCUCACCAACACCUGUUUGAGAUCGCAGGUCUGUUGGGAGUGUUGUGGUGCGUCAGCCUGCUGUCCUGUCUGUUCAGCGACAGCAUCCUGGUCCCCAUGCAGGCCAACCCUCUGGCUCUGUAUGGCUUCUUCCUCCUCUUCCUCAUCAACCCCUUCAAGACCUGCUACUACAAAUCACGCUUCUGGCUGCUCAAGCUACUGUUUCGAGUGGUGACCGCUCCGUUUCAUCGUGUGGAGUUUGCAGACUUCUGGCUGGCAGACCAGCUGAAUUCUCUUGUGGUCGUACUGAUGGAUCUGGAGUACAUGAUCUGUUUCUACAGCUUUGAGCUGGACUGGCACAAGCAUGACGGACUCAUCAGCAGUGAGGGAAGAGAUGUGUGUCAUUCCUACUCCUAUGGUGUUCGCGCUGUGAUCCAGUGUCUUCCUGCUUGGUUUCGAUUCGUCCAGUGUCUGCGACGUUACCGUGACACCAAACGAGCCUUCCCUCAUCUUGUUAAUGCAGGAAAAUACUCCACUUCCUUCUUUGUCGUCACCUUCGCAGCCCUCUACAGCACACAUAAAGCUGAAAGCCCUGACGAUGCCGAAAUCUUCUUCUACCUGUACAUUGGCUGUUCAGUGGUCAGUUCAUGUUACACACUGAUCUGGGAUCUGAAGAUGGACUGGGGCCUGUUUGAUCGAAAUGCAGGGGAGAACACCUUUCUGAGAGAAGAGAUUGUCUAUCCCCAAAAGGCCUAUUACUACAGUGCCAUAGUGGAAGACGUGUUGUUGCGUUUUUCGUGGACUUUAACCGUCUCCCUCAGCAGAGUCUGUAGUUUCCCUGGCAUCUCUGACAUACUGGCUACUAUACUGGCCCCAUUGGAGGUCUUUAGGCGUUUUGUGUGGAACUUCUUCCGACUGGAAAACGAGCAUCUGAACAACUGUGGUGAGUUCAGGGCCGUCAGAGACAUUAGCGUGGCUCCUCUCAAUGCCGACGACCAGACCCUGUUGGAACAAAUGAUGGACCAGGAGGACGGAGUGAGGAACCGCCAGGGCAAGAAGAGCUGGAAGAGGAGCUACAGCAUGAGCCUACGCAGACCACGCCUCGCUUCACAGUCCAAGAGUCGUGACACCAAGGUUUUGAUCGAGGAUACUGAUGAUGACUCCUGACAUCAGGCCACGCCCCUCGCUUGGGUCCACAAUUUAUUCAAAGGGGGAAACUCGACCUCCUAACAAAGGAAUAACCCAGCGAGUCGGGCGUUGAACUCAGAAACUUCCAAGGAUGAGUUUUGAACUCAUUCGCCUACCUAACCCUAUCUCCAACCUACAGCCUUCUGCCUGGGUUCAGAACUAAUUCAGAGGGAGAAGUCCAACCUUCUUCUUGAUGAGAAACCCAGAAAGAUGGGCAUUGAACUCUUAACCUACUGUUACCUUCAGAAUUAACCAAGGAUGGGCUCACAAGUCACAGACCUUCCUAAGCAUGGGGCAAAAAAACUUAAAUAGCCCACCCCCCUGUCAUGCGUAACCAGUGCUGGGUGGGCUCAGACCUCAUUUAUCUACAUCAACCCAACCCUCAGCUAUUGCUUGGGCUCACAACCUUCUCAAAGGCCCAGCCUAGAAUGAACAACCCAACAAAAUGGGACACAAACUGAUAACCAACCUAUCUACGCAACGGACGUUUCCACUUUUCCCCACUUUGCCAGAUCAUUCCCAUGCAGGAAUUGGCCAAGACCUUAAAGCCUAUGCUUGCUGAGGGCCAAAUGCUUUUUUGACUACCCUUGAUUACUACUAUCUAUCUGCUGUCCCUCUCUUACCUAAGCUCAAAGCGUUGGUGGAGAACUCGAGAUCCACACUCCCAGCAGCCCCAUAACGCAAUGGGAAAAGCCUUGCAUAUAUAACCUACCAUAUACCCCUGCCGGGAUCUUAAGGCAACCUGUGAUUUGGACUUCUGAAGGAGCCUAAAGCCCUGCUCUCCCUCAUGAUUACCACAUGGGUGCAAAAGGGACAUUGCGACCUAGCAGAAUUCAGUGCUGUUGCCCUCUAACCCCAUCAAAUGGGUCUCGAACCCUCAGUGAUCAUGCAGGUCAGCGCACCACGCCUCACCAGAGACUUGCCCUGUCCCUUGGUAAUGCUAAUCAGUCACAAGCUAGACUGAUCAAACCAUUAGUCCCUUCCCUUCAGCUUGCCCAAUCAGAUCGUCACAAAGCUGCCUACCUGCACCUUACAUGCUUUAGAAACACACACGCACACAUACAUACACACACACACACACACACAAAAGACUUGAAUUCCGUUUGUAGAGAGAUUGACAAAAUUGCCUACCAUCAUAUGCACGUACACUGACAGUGAUUUAAUUUAUUUUAUUGCUCAUGGACAUGCGACACAAAAAUUACACCACUCAACCAUUACUUUUUUGACAUCUGUUAAUUCCUGGGAAGAACAAACAUUUGUACGUAAACACAGACUAUCUCUAAGCGUGGUUGUAAAUAUGUAAUGGACCAAAGUGGGAGACGAUGUGAUUUCUUGCAGAUGGAACAUAAUUAAUCAGAAAGUAUCAUACAGUAAUCCCUGAAAAGGUAUGCUCCUGAGUUUCGACUGCAAGGAACAGCAGUCAGAACAAGAGUUAAGGCGUGGAGCUGAGAAGGAAUUUUACUUUAAUUUCUGGAUGAAGAUGAAGAUUAUCUUAAUUGUUGUCCUACAGUAUCUCCCAGUUACCACUCGUGGAAAAAGAUCCUUCGUUGGGAAAGUUUAAUUGAUUUUGUUGAAUGUAUGUGGACUUGUUAUUUAUAUAUUUAUGAGUGGGAGAGAUGCCUAAUACCGCCUGUAAACCAACUUAAAACAAUCAGUAAUCGGAAGCAUUAAGUCAAUAUCUUAAGCCUAGUCCCAAACUAAUUUUUUUUCACUGAAAUCUCUGAAGAUGCUGUUCGACAUGUCUGUGAAGCCGGUUCAUUGUGAGCUGAUGAUGAUGGGAAGGGGGACGGUGACCUGUCUGUCAGACACUGAGACAAAUGGUUUGAAAUGCCAGUGUAGUUUAACUUGAACAGAGUUUACACUCGUAUGAGAUGUGUGCUGGUAUAACUCAGGUUGUUUUCCUUAAACACAAGCCACAUAAGUUGGUCCAAAAAUGUGUUCAAGUCUUAAAAUAAUUUUAAUAUAUUUGUAUGUAUAUAUUUGAUACACAAUCUGUGUUAUUCAACACAUUUUUGACUGAGUGUAUUUGUUUUAAAGGCUUGGUGGUAUUGGUUUGGUUGUUUAUUGGUGGUUCGCUCUGAUUUUGUGUCCAUAGGUCCAUUGGUUGAUAAAGUCCCAAUCAGCGGCUAACUUCCUAAUGCAAAGGUCACUCACAGCCAACCAUCACAUCAUCCGCAUAUUUAUCAACACAUUUCGGAGACACUGUUAUCACUGCUGUAACUGUCAAAUCAUUGAAGUCACAUUUUCAUAUUGUUUGGGAAACAGACCUAACAAAGGGAAAUAUUUCAUUUCUGUCAUGAUUACAUCAGAGAAAAAAAUAAUGCCAUUUUUCUGAGUGAUGGUUAAAAAGUUUGCUGAAGAUGUCUCCAGCUGUGAUGAGUGUGACCCUUUAUGUUCUUACAUUCCCCCAUGUGAUUCACACACUUAAGCACCAUAUUGCUAGUUGGUCCAUCAUUAGGUUGUGUCAUUUGGUUCUGCUGUAGAUUCAAUUUCUAAUUUAGAGUUCAUUCUGUUUUAAGUCUUGAUUCUUUCCAGUUCUUUGCCUUGAUUAAUGGGCCCUUUUGAUGUUGCUGAUUUUACAUUUAGCCUAACAAGACUUAUUUGAAUUCAGUUCACCUGUGGAUGCAAUUUCAAAUGAAUGAAAGCGGCCUCUAUGAAAACCCCAAAGAGGUUCUGGACAAUCCCCUUCCCUUCCUUCUCCUCUCUUUCCUUCCCUCAAAUCCACCAGCAAUAACAGUACCAUUUAGAUCAAUAUGUCAGAAUAAAUUGAUAACAUUAACGUCAGGCACCAGUGAGCAAUACGAGUCACUCAAGGUUUAUAUCUGCUUAAUGCCAGACUUCAUUUUCCUAUCUCUUUUCUGUCAUUGCUAAAUAAGGUUUUUAUUAUUUUAUAUUUUUAUAUUUUAGGGGGUUUUUUUGUUUGUUUGUUUGUUUGUUUUUUCACGCUUGCCAAAGUCUAAAACAUUCCUUAGGAGACUGAGAUGUGCAAUGUCUUACGUCAGUGUUUCUUAAACACUGGGUUACUGGGAGUCUGUCUCUUUUGGGUUUUGACAAGAUAAGAGAUCUUGUGCACAGAGUCAGAAUCUCUCUGGCUCGCUUGGCUGUUGGAACUAGUGUUCAUUUAGGAACAUCAACAUUUCGCCAUUGGGUUGCAGCUAACACACAACAGUUGUUUUCACGCUCUGGUCCUUAGCCUGGGCUAACUGUAGCCCAGGGCUCAGUUAAAAAGACAGUUAGCCCGGGGCUAACUGGGGUCUUAGAGUGUAGUGAGUGUAGUGUGAAAAGGGUUAGCAGGUGCUGCCAAUCUGUUUAUUAACGCUACCAAAUAAUCAAUUCUGGGGAGUGUGAGUUACACUGCAAAAUAUAGAAGUGUAGAAAAUUUUGCCAAAUAUCCACUAGUUUCCAGUGAAGUUUCAGUAAACAUCCUCAAUCAAGUCUUGUUUUCUUCAUAGCAGUGCUAUACUAGUUACUAGACUUUCCUCUAGAAUUCCUUUAACGUAAAAUAGUUCUAAAGCCUGCAGGUUAAUGAGUUGUUUUUGCAGUGUAGAGUUUCUUAUGCACUGGCAGACUGGUUUCUGCAAUCCUCUGACUGUCACGUCUGUCUUGGUGUGAAAAGUAAGCAGCACAUCUCUUAAUCUCUUAAUUUUUUGCAUCUUAUUUUACCACAAGAACUCAGGGUCACGCACACACACACACACACACAGCCAAUCAGUGAAAAGAUUACAGCAGCAGAAUCACUCUCUGCUCCUGGCUUUCAUUUCUGUAUGACAUUCACUGCCUUGGUCCCUUUCUCUCUCUCUCUCUCUCUCUCUCUCUCUCUCUCUCUCUCUCUCUCUCUCUCUCUCUCCAUAUAUGUGUAUAUCUAUAUCUAUCUGUCCAUAUAGAUAGACAUAUACAGAUAUAUAUAGAUAGAUAUAUACAUAUACAUAUAUCUAUAUCUAUAAAAUUUGUCUUUUCCAGAAUCCACAAUCAUUCCAUCCAAAGAAAGUUGUUUUCUACUUGUGAGUGCAGGGCAUUUGGUCAGGGAUGCUAUUUUUUUUUGUUUGUUUUUUGUUUUUGUUUUUUUUUUUCCCUCAGGAUUUCAUGUUUUUGUACACAAAUCCUUCAAUCAUUCCUUUUGAAAACGUUGGUCACUUUUACAUCAUUUCUGCGUUGUAAGGCAGUGUAUAGUGACAGGAAAGUGGGUCUGGCAUGAUUACAACUACGAACCAGAUUUGAACUCAGGACAUCGCAAGCACAUUUGCACCUUAGCCCACUGAUUCAUAAGCACUAAUGAAGAUUCCUGCUUUUCCCUCUGCACUUUUACGUUUCCAAGACAACGUAACUCUAAAUUUUAUGAAUGCAUUUCGUAAAACCUCGCUUCAUGAAUGUAAGACUACUUCAUCCUGUCACAGGAGCGUUGUCUUGUCAAAGGAAACCUAAAUGUUGUCAGUCUUAUGUGUUAAUGCAUUUUAUAUACCAGUGAACAGUAUAUAGUAACAAACAUAAGUAUCAGGGCAGUGAACCUUGUGUCUUUUAUUUCUGCUUAAUCUAUGUUAAAGCAGUGACCCAUACUGCAGAUGGAAAUUGUAAGCUUUAAGCGUGGUCCAUUUAUCAUUUCCAUUCAUUUUGCAUUCCAUCACUUUGCCUCCCUCUUUCGAUCACCUAGCCUGUCGUCUUACCAUCUCACCUCUGUUUUUCUUCCUCCACCUCCUCUUAUCUUGUGCCAUCUGAGGGGUUUUAGUGAGAACUACUUUCAGGCCCGUUGUCAGUUCAAAGGAAUACACCAAGUUUUUGGCAGAUUAUCCCAUUUAUCAAUUCCCGUUUUGAGUGAUGAGAACAGAGACACACACACAAAAAAAGAAUCCAGGAUAUUGGAUGUGGUAUUCCAUGUUAAGACUUGAGCAUGCACUGUGUUGACUGAUAGUAGCCACUGCUUUUAACAAAAAAGUGUGCAGUGGAUGAAUACAUGCUUCGGCAUAAAUAGUUCCUAAAAUAAACCCAACUAUGUCAUCCAUGUUUAAUCAGUGAUACUUUUAAAAACAAGACUAUGCACUAAAAAACUUAUCAAUGGUCAGCCUCUGGAUACCAUCUGGAUGGUUUUAGCGUCCGUGUUCUCACCACUUAAUGGCUAAGCUAACCAAUGAGAUGAUCUCCAACAAACUCUCUGUAUUCUUUCAAUACCACAGCCAAGCCUAAGAACAGUAUACAAGCAAUACUGUUUUCAGUUGAAUUACCUGUCUUCAACAAGCUGUUCAAAUCAGUCGAAGGGGGGUGAAUGAACUUAAUAACCUGUUAUCGUUCUUAUUUAUUGUUAAAGUCAUGAAACAAGAGCUGCUUAUCGGCUGAAGAAUUUAGCAGCAGGAAGUGCAAAGUCUUUGUUGUUGACUGAUCUACUGUGUAAUGUGGAUAAAAGACUGAGAAAUGAAUAUUAGUUGGAACAACUGAGGGUCCGUUUUUGACUGUUUGAGGCUGUUAAAUGAUGUUAAGACGAUGUCAGCACCAAAAGACCAACUUUAACUCACUUUUUUAUUUUAACUUUUGCCACUAACUGUUGUUGAGCAUUUUAUUAUUUUGACCACAUGCUCUGUUAUAUUACUAAGGCCAGAGUGGGUGCCAGAUUCCCAUUGUUCAAUACCACGUUGUUACUGACUGUUGGGGGUAAAGACCUCAUGAAAUGCACUCCUCCUUCCUUGGGUUUAUGUGUUCCCUGUUGAAAUGAAACAUUGAGGCAGGACAUAAUACAGGGUGGAAUCAUUCACAUUGGAUCUCAGUUUGGGAGAGAAAUCUUUUUUUUUUUUAAUAUUGAUUGGUUUUAUUGGUUGAUUUUGUUUAAUUAAACCCACCAGCGCAUCACGACAUCACCACUAAAGAUGCACUGUUUUCCAGGAAGUAAAGGUAAUGGGAGCUCAUUUCAGGGGGACUUUAUGGGUUGGAAAUCUGGUCUUUUCAGCUCAUGUUUUUCUUUUUCUUUUCUAGAUGAUGCCUUGUGCCACUCAGUGUGAGCAUACACACACACACACACACACACAUACAAAAACACUGUAAAUAUACGCUCCCAUUCCACAUACAAACCUCAAUGCUUUGAUGUAAAGAAGCUUCUAGAACUUACCUGGUUAAUUUGAGGGUGUGACAGACAGGUGGAACCCUCCCUCUUCCCCUUCUUACUGGGUUAUCACCUCCCUCCCAGCUGUCAAUCAGAAAAAAAACCCACCAUUAGAGAAGUAGUGGGACCUGUUGUUCCCAUUGUCGAGAUCAAACAGAAGCUCUUUCAGAAAGUCUGGGGAGUGUUAAAGCAAAAACUCCGGCCGUUUCUACUCCGAUCAGUUCUGACCAAAUUCUCAUCAGUCACCUAAUUAAGAUCUUUGUUUUUUUCUUUUUUCUUUUUUUUCUUUUUUGGAGUAUCUGCUGGGACUACAGGACAAAAUAUACUAGAGCAGCACCCAGACAAGCAAGACGCAAGUGAAGCAAUUGAUUGGAUUUUUGUCAGAAUUGGUCUCCAUAAUGGCAAAAGAUGAAAAUAGAUGGAGUUCUGCUUUCAAGGAACUGUUUGGGUGUGUCAUUUUCCUUCUUUGCAAGGCAAUCAAGACAACUGGCAACUAAGACGUUUCUGUCGUCAAAGGUGGGAGGAUCCAUAAGACAACAGCGUCGCUGAAGUCUAAGCUAGAGUGCUCUAAAUUCACAUUGAGUGUAUCCUCCGCUCACAGUUUCAGCCUAGGACAGAAACUCCAUACUGUCUUCAGCUCAGAAACUUCCCAGUUGCCAAGCUGCCGCGAACCUCUUGAAGACGUCAACUGAAGGAUCCUGAAGCUGAAACUCCGACCUAUGAACUCGGCUGGUGACGUGUCCCCCUGUGGGGACGUUGUGUUCUCUGUUCUGUUUUAACGAUCUGUUGGCCGUAAGUUGUGUUGUAUGUGCACCAAACAUCCUCUAGUACUCACUGAAACUCAGUGCCCGCAAAACAUGAAGCCUUUCAGAGCAGGUGUUGCGCAUCCAGCGAACCCAUCCAGACAUGUUGAGUCCAAUUGAACUUUAUAUUUUUACAGCAGAGGAAUGCCACAGGUAAAACCAUCUCCGAUCGACACUCUAGUUCUGAGAUACUUCAUGCUUGCUGGCCAAAAGGUUUCUCAGCGCUGUGGAACAUUGAGGAUUACUGAUGAGUUGGUUGUUAGAAACAAACAACAUGCACUGGAACAAAACUCUCUGAGAUCCAUCUAGUUAUACAUUUAAAUUUGAAUUCUAAUAUAAUGGGAUCAAGAGCCAAAAAUAAGAAAUAGGAAUUUACUCUGGUUGGUCUCCACAUAGCACUGGUAUGUUGAAUGAUAUCAGACACAACAUAUAAUGUGUGAUCCUACCAAGAGAACGUUUGGAUCUAUGUUCUGAUCCCACUGUGGUGCGACCCAGAGCUGUUGAUUAUACAAUACAUUAUGUAAUGAUUACUCUAUUGAUUAGAAGUGUUGUAUAAUCAGUGACUGUGCUGUGGAUGUUGUCUUGUAUGUACAGUAGCAGUGUGAUGCUACAAAGGUGCCUAGUUCACCGACCCUUCCCUGUUACAGUUUUACAGUAAAAUGAACUAAAGGUCAACAA